AAGAAACAUGUGUUGUUGGUAGUAUAGGACAGAUAAGAAGAUAUUUUGACUUACUUCUGCCGAUUUUUAAUUUUCUUUGAAUAAAAGGAGUGCAGAUUUCUGGCAACAAAAUUCAAAAGAUGGCAAUAAGAGCAUUCCUUUUGGUGCUAGUAGGCAGCAGUAUUGCUUUAGCAACCCUGAAAAAUGAGUGCCCUCCACCAGAGGCGACUAAAUGUUCUUGCAAAUAUCGAGCAUAUGGUGCAGUCUUAUUGUGCUACAGGGUUGGUUCUCAAGAGAAUCUUCAAGCCAAUCUUAAAGCGCUCAAUGGAUAUUCAGUGAAACAAUUGACUUUGUCAGGAGUCAAUGCUUCAUCAGUGCCAACAGAUUUGUUCCAGGGGUUGCACAUUAAAGAGUUAGUGUUGGAUAAAUUCGAAGUGGAUGAUGCUUCAUUUCGUCCGAGACAAUCUCAUUUUUCAGGACUUGAAAGCUCACUUGCGGAACUGGAGAUUCGAAGCAGCUUUAAACGAAACAGGCCACUUCUAAACUUAAAACUAGAGCAUCUCCGUUCGUUAAAGAUAGCUUUGUUUGAAGAGAAUAAAAUUCCUGAAGUUGGGAAUGAUUGGUUCACUAACGGUCCUGAGAAGUUGAUCAACUUGAUAUUUGAAGGAAAUGGAAUAGAAAAGCUAGGGGACAAAGCAUUCUCAUCUCUAAGAAAUCUCCAAUUACUGGCAGUUGCAGGAAAUCACCUAAAUGAAAUUUCAAGAUCUAUGCUGCCCACACCUGCCACGCAUCUUCAAAAAUUGGAUUUUGCAAACAACAAAUUAAGAAAGCUGCCGAGCAAUAUUUUUUCAGGAAUGCCAUCAUUGACAGAUGUAAAUAUUGGAACCAAUUUGAUUCAUAUCCUUCCUGAAGAUACUUGGUCGUCUGCGCUUUCAAAUUUGCAUAAUCUGUAUUUGCAUGAUAAUCCUCUUCAAUGUGACAAAGGUUUGAAAUGGGUGUGUAACCAAGAUGUUGAUGUUAUUAUUGCCAGUUGUGCCACACCAGUUGACAAAAAAGGACUUCCGCUCACACAGUUUUGCAAAUCCUAAAUUGACCUUGUUACUUAUUCUAAAGGAAAAUAUGUUUUUAAAUGAAAAUAUUGCAAAAUUACCGAAUUGAGAAACUCAGAUAAAAAUGAUGUCGAACUCAAAAGAAUUUAUAAAAUUUAUUACUUCCUAA